UUUCCAUUACCCGAAACCCUAAUCCCCCAAUUUCUCUUCCAAAAUUUGUUCGAUCAAGAGAGCAAUUCGAUCACUUCCGGCGAUCAAAUUCUCAUUCAGGCAUUACAGAAGGUAUUAAGUCGACCGAGUGAACCAUCAUGAGAUUCAGAAAAGGAAGUCGAGUUGAGGUGUUUAGCAACAAAGAAGCACCUUAUGGUGCGUGGCGAUGCGCUGAGAUUGUUUCGGGUAAUGGUCAUACCUACAAUGUUAGAUAUUGCUCUUUCAACCUUGAACACGAGGAGACAGUGACUGAGAGAGUUGCGAGGAAGAUAAUUAGGCCGUGUCCUCCCCAAGUGGAUGUCCAGAGAUGGGAGACUGGUGAACUGGUGGAAGUUCUUGAUAACCAUUCCUGGAAAGCUGCCACUGUUCGAGAGGAGUUAUCUGGAAACUACUAUGUGGUUCGGUUACUUGGGACUCCAGCGGAAUUUACAUUCCAUCAAGUCAACCUCAGGGUCCGACAGUCGUGGCAAGAUGAGGAAUGGGUUGCAAUUGGAAAGAUAUCUGGUUCGUUGAAGUCAUCUACACUGACUGGAUCAGACGUACAUCAGAAGCUACAGCCUCAAACGAACAACAUACUCCUCCAUGAGCCUAGUGUUGUCUCUGCUAGAAUGUUAAAGAGGCCGUCACCCUACAACUUGUCUGGAUGUGCUGAAUCAUGCACAGGAAACCCCAAGAAGAUACGAUCACUGGAAAAAGAGGGACAGAAGCACCGAUUUUCUGCCUCCUCAAUGCAAAAGGUAGAUGCUGUUGCUUGCCGACCUGAAAAUAGGGGUGGUAAAUCUCACGUGCAAGCUUCCUUUAACAAUCACAAUACUGGUUGCUGUCAACUGGUCAGGGUAAGAUCAAAAGGGUUUAGUGAGAGUGUUCGUGCAGGAAGCUUAGUCGCUGAUGAUUGUUCUGAUAGCGAUGCAUGCUCAGUUGGUAGUUGUAGUGCUACUAGUUAUGAUGAGAGUGAUAUGCCACCUUUUAUGCUAGAUGACUCUAGUCACCAGGCAGACUCAUUUAGCAGCGAUGCUGAAUCUUCUUGUGGCCUCGGGGAAGAAGCAAGGAGGAAACAUUCAUCAGCUCGUGAUGGAGAAAGAAGGUCCUGUAGGUUUGAACUAUAUACUUACCGCAGUACUUUGGGGGAACUAUUUUCUUCUGGUCCCCUAAGUUGGGAGCAAGAAGCGUCAUUAACUGAUCUUCGUCUUUCUCUUAAUAUAUCAGAUGAUGAACAUUUGAUGGAGGAACAGUGUUGCCUUGUUCGGGGCAUGCAGACCUUUUGCUUCUAGAGGUUUAACUCUGAUGCUGGGGUUUACAACUUCUGCCUUGGUCGUCUGAAUGGUGUCCUGGAGUCGCCUUCGUCCACAGGGCUUGAAAGCUAUGCUUUAAGCAGGUUUCUUAGAUAAAUUUUACAGUCAGUGCUCUCUUUGUGGUAAUGUGUUAUCUUUGUGCUUCAUUAGAACUGCAUGGUGUAGAUCCUACCAUGUCUAACUAUACUAGCUUUGUACGUGAUUCUGAUAUAUGUAGAUUUAGAACACACUGUUUUCCAGUUACAUUGGUUCUGUUUUCGGUGUUUUUUCCAGAGGCAUAGUUCAUGACGCUCAUUCUUUCUGGAAAUAAACGUUAUGCCAGGGGAGAGGUAAGUGUGAAUAGGGUAAUGUGUGUGCGUCUAGAAGAAUAUAGAAUUGUAUAUGCUGUGUAACACAGCCUGUGUUCAUCCAGAAAAUAUGUCGUGAAUUGGUGAUGUUGAAUGAUUCCUUGUUCUGAUUUGUUCUCAUGACUUGCUUUCAUGGAAUUAAUCGAGAGGAAAGGGAACACAUGCCUGCUUUCUUGCUUAGUUAGUCGCAUGUGCUUUGUGGAAACUCUCCAAGCUCACUCUUCAGAUCCCUUCAGCAAAGCUAGUUUUUUUACAUGGCAGUAUGAAACUCCAAAGCCAAAUUCAUUAACUGGCACGAAGGUAUGGCGCCAUAAAUUGAACAUGUUUUCCUGAGUAGUGGCUUGCGUAUAUAAUAAAAACGAGUUCCUAAUCCUCAAGCAGACUUUCUUCCUAAUCCUCAAGCAGACUACCCAUGCAAAAGCAAUCUGACAAUAUUUCAGUUGUUGCUCCAAAGAUUUGUAUCUUUGUAUAUGUGAUGAAUGUUGUUAUUACAAGCCAUGAGCUGUCUUUUCUUCUUUGGCUACUUGCUUGCAAGAGGACAUCUUAGCCUCAAAUUUUGAAACUGAAAGCUGAAGCAAUCCUGGUAACAACUGAGCAGUAAACCAGAAAACAAGCCAUGAACCUGCAAUUUCAUUUUAAUGUACAAAAAUAUAACCUCCUCACUUGAUGCUUAAAAUGUAUAUCUAACUUAUAAUAUCCAGCUUUUUAUUCA